AUAUUCAUAUUUCCAGAAUGCAUUAAUAUGAUAAAUCUUUUCAUUGGAAAAACAAUUAAAUACGGCUAGCUGUGGAACAAGCAAAAUGUGCAAUCAGUGUGAGAUUGAAACAAAAUGGAUUUAUUGAUGAUAAAAAUAUAAACCUAGUUAUUGUAUAUGUAAAACACAUUCAGUUUAUUAGUACUAUUACAGAAAUCAGACUGAUUAUGUGUGACUGACAAAUAUAUCUCACAUUAAGUUUAUUAGUUUACAUUAAAUCUGUGAAAUCCAAAUUCAUUAGCAUUUUAUAUGCAAUUCAAAUACAUAAAUCUUAAAUUUAGACGUUAAUAUUUGUUGUUCAGUCCUGACAUAUGAUUUAUUCCUGACCUGAUAAAUACUGUGUGCGUGUAUGUCACAGUCACUCAGGCGCUUAUCAUCACAACACUGUCUCUUCACAUGCCUGUGAAAGUACAUCCAGAUUGAGAUUCUUCUAGAAGAGAGUCUGAACUCUACAGACUCACUUCAUCUGUCGUUUAUGACUGACUCUGGUGUUAUUCAAGCACAAAGCUGCAGGUCGUUUGUAGUGUUUGAUUGAGAACAGGUGGAUCCUGCAGCAGAUUCACUGAUGAUGAUGAUGAUGAUGAAGAAGCUCCUCCGUAAUCCUGCCCUUUUUUUCCAUCAUUUCUGUAAAUCCCUGCCGGAUAAUGAGAGUCAGAUCCAGGAAAACAAGAUUAAGCUGUGGUGUUUUAUUAAUGUCGGGCCAUUCUGACGCGAGUUUCUCAGUUAUUACAGUACAACUUUAUGGUUUCCUCAAAGAGAAUAUUAGAGUCACAAAAAAAAAAAAAAAAAAAAAGUUGGAACAAUCUAAACCAAGUUUAACUUCUUUGGGUUCGAGUUUCAGCAGGUUCACAGGACUCACAAUAAAGUCACCUGAAGUGAAUUCAUAAUUGAUCAAAGUAAAAGAAAGAACUUGAAAUAAAACAUACAAAUUUAGUCAUCUUACAAGCUACUCGCCUUAUUUUUCCCAUAAGAGCGGGCGCGGCCAUUUGUAACAUCCGCGUGCAGCAAUUUUUAGUUGAAUAAAACAGCUAGUUUUGCCGCUGAUAUUGCAAAUUGGUGUGUAUUACCAUAUUAUUUGAAUGUGUUAUCUUAACUAUGAACACACUGGUUUGUAGUGCAAACAGUUUUACCAUUUACUGCACGUUAUUCUUCUCGCUAUUUCCCUAUAGUGGCUAACCGGUAGUACUUCUGCGUUGAAGAAUAAGGUGUGUAUGUUUAUGUAUGUAUAUAUAUUAAUGCUGUCAAAUGAUUAAUCGCAUCCAAAAUAAAAGUUUUUCUUUACAUAAUGUGUAUACUGUGAAUAUUUAUUAUGUAGGCUAUAUAUAAAUACAAACACAUGCAUGUAUUUUUAAGAAAAAUGUUGUUUACAUAUUAAAUAUAUAAUAUAAAAUAUAAAUGUAUAUACAUGUAAAUAUUUUCAAAAUAUAUACUGUAUGUGUGUGUCUUUACAUAAUAAAUAUACACAGUACACAUACAAAUAACCGGUCCCAAGCCCGGAUGAAAAAGGAGGGUUGGGCGUAGGGUUAGCAACCCAACCCCGGAAAAACCCUAACUGCUACAGAAACACCAAAUAGAGAAACAGAGACUAAUAUCCUGGAAGUGGGAAGAUCUUCGACAAUUCAGGGACGCAUGACGCUAGAUGGUGAAAGCCGAAAGGAAGCCACCGAGCCGAUUCUUCUUUCGACCAGGAGAACACACAUCGGCACAUGGCGCAUCAGGACCAUGUACGAGACAGGUAAGACUAAGCAGGUAGCUGCCGAAAUGAAGAACAACAACCUGAUCUUACUGGGCAUCAGUGAAACCAGAUGGACGCAAGCCGGACAGAGGAGACUGAUGACAGGAGAGCUAUUACUGUACUCCGGGCAUGAAGAGACUGACGCACCCCACACGCAGGGAGUAGGCUUUAUGCUAUCCAGGCAAGCACAGAGGGCACUGAUUGGAUGGGAGGUGCAUGGCUCCAGAAUCAUCACAGCAUCCUUCAGAACCAAACAGAAGAAGGUCAACCUCAACGUCAUCCAGUGUUACGCUCCAACCAACGACUCCUAUGAAGAAGACAAGGAUGAGUUUUAUAACAGGCUGCAGAAAAUCGUGGAAACAUUACGAGCCAGAGACAUCGUUAUCCUUAUGGGAGAUUUCAACGCCAAGGUUGGACCUAACAAUACAGGAUACGAACAUGUUAUGGGGAUACACGGGCUGGGAGUGAUGAACGAUAAUGGAGAGAGAUUUGCGGAACUGUGUGCGAUCAACAACCUGGUCAUCGGAGGUAGCGUCUUUCCUCACAAGUGGAUCCACAAAAGCACCUGGGUAUCACCGGAUGGUGUGACAGAGAACCAGAUUGACCACAUCUGCAUUAGCAAGAAGUUUAGAAGAUCCCUUCAGGACGUUAGAAUUAGAAGAGGAGCAGAUGUGGGGUCCGACCACCACCUAGUAGUAGCCAGCAUGCAGCUGAAGUUAAAAAAGAACUGGAUGGAAACAACACUAGGUAGAGUGAAGAAUGAUAUCAACCACCUAAAGAUCACCAGCGUCAGGGAUGAGUUUGAACUUCAGCUGAAGAACAAGUUUGAGGUGCUACAAGAGCUGCAUGAGGAAAGAAGCAGUAUACAGGUCAACUGGCAGAUUAUAAAAGAGACACUGAGAACAGUCUGUCAAGAAGUGGUCGGAACAAAGAAACACCAUCACAAAGAGUGGAUCACAGCUGAUACCUUGGACAAGAUAGAAGAGAGAAAACAGAAGAAAGGGGCAAUAAACAACAGCAGGACUAGGGCUGCAAAAGCCAAGGCCCAAGUUGAAUACGCAGAAGCCCACAGAGCAGUUAAGAAGAGCAUUAGGAAGGACAAGAAAGACUACAUAGAUGGAAUAGCAGCUGAGGCGGAGCAGGCUGCACUCAAAGGCAACAUGAAACAGCUGUACGACACGACAAAGAAAUUGUCUGGGAAGUAUAGCAAGCCAGAACGACCUAUCAAGGACAAGGAGGGAAAGACCAUCACAGGACUAGCACAGCAGACGAAUAGAUGGUCUAAACACUUUGAGGAGCUCCUGAACAGACCAGCGCCACCAAAUCCACCGGACAUCAACCCAGCCGACGAAGAUCUCCCCAUCAGCUGCGACAAGCCGACCAGAGAAGAGAUAAGGAAAGCCAUCACCUUGCUGAAGAACUGGAAGGCUGCUGGACCUGAUGACAUACCAGCAGAGGCCCUGAAAGCAGACCUGAACUCGUCAGUGGAAAUACUGUACCCACUCUUCGAGAAGAUCUGGGAGAAGGAAGAGGUACCGACUGACUGGAAGGAGGGUUGUCUAAUUAAGCUUCCAAAGAAAGGUGACCUCAGCAACUGUAACAACUACAGAGGUGUCACACUCCUGUCAGUGCCAGGCAAGGUCUUCAAUCGGAUCCUCCUAGAGUGGAUGAAGGACGCCGUCGAUCUACAACUACAAGAUGAGUAAGCUGGCUUCCGGCAGAACUGAUCAUGCACAGACCAGAUUGCAACGCUGCGCAUCAUAGUCGAGCAGUCUUUGUAGUGGAACUCAUCAUUGUACAUCAACUUCGUCGAUUACAAGAAGGUGUUUGAUAGCGUGGAUCGAGAGGUCCUAUGGAAGCUCCUCCAGUACUAUGGCAUCCCAUCCAAGAUGGUAAACUUGAUCAAGAGUUCAUAUGAAGGCAUGACCUGCUGAGUGAUCCACGCAGGACAGCUCACCACCAGCUUCCGGGUGAACACUGGAGUCCGACAGGGAUGCUUGUUAUCCCCAUUCCUCUUCCUCAUCGCCAUCGACUGGAUCAUGAAAACUUCUACCAACGAAUGCAGGAAUGGAAUCCAGUGGACCUUGUGGAGUCAACUUGAUGACCUAGACUUCGCCGAUGACCUCGAACUCCUCUCCCACAGCCAGCAGCAGAUGCAAGAGAAGACCAGUGUGUUGGCUGCCACAUCAGCACAGGUUGGAGUCAUCAUCCACAAAGAGAAGACCAAGAUCCUUAAGACCAACGUCAGCAACAUCAACCCAAUCACACUGAACGGAUGUACCCUGGAGGAAGUGCAGUACUUCACCUACCUGGGCAGCAUCAUCGACUAGCAAGGUGGAACAGAUGCAGAUGUCAAGGCAAGAAUUGGUAAAGCAAGAGUCGCAUUCAUCCAGCUCAAGAACAUCUGGGCUUCCAGAGAGCUGACCUUGACCAUCAAGAUCCGGCUGUUCAACUCUAACGUGAAGUCAGUACUGCUGUACGGUGGAAUCCUCAAGGCAAGCGGAAGCGAGGCCGUCCAAGAAUCACAUGGCGACGCAACCUCGAAGCAGACGUCAAAAGGAUGGGCUACACCUGGAAUCAACUAGAAAGAAUGGCCCAGGACAGACAUUUUUGGAGAUCUACCUUUGGCGGCCCAUACCCCGGGAGGGGUGGAGGGCAUAAGUAAAAGUAAGUAACACAUACAAAUAUUAUGUAAACAAAAACUUAUUUUGGAUGCGAUUAAUCGUUUGACAGCACAAUAUGUAUAUAUAUAUAUAUAUAUAUAUAUAUACUAAAGCUUGCAUUUGUAUAUAUAUAUAUAUAUAUAUAUAUAUACACUAAAGCUUGAAUUUGUAUUAAUAUAAUUUAAAAUUUUAAUAUUAUUUGUCAAUGUAAUAUAUAAUUGAUCAAAUAAAUAUAGUUAGCAGCAGAAGUCUUGUGAUUUGGUCUCUAAAAUGCUUUAGCAGUGAGCUCAGUGUAGCGUAAGUUAGGCUAUCAUUGCAGUUAAAGGGACAGUUCACCCAAGGUGGAAGAUAUUUUGAAGAAAGUUUGUAACCAGGCUGUUUUGGGGCACCAUUGACUUCCAUAGUAGGAAAAAAAAAAUACUAUGGAAGUCAAUUGUGCCCCAGAACUGCUCAGUUUCCCAUAUUCUUCAGAAUAUCUUCCUUUGUGUUCAGCAGAACAAAGACAUUCAUACAGGUUUGGAACUACUUGAGGGUGAGUAAAUGAUGACAAAAUUUUCAUCUUUGGGUGAACUACACCUUUAACACCGACAAAAACACAGCUAUCAGAAAACCAGAGUUUGCUGAAACUACACUCAAAUUUACUUAAAGGGUUAGUUCACCCAAAAAUGAAAAUUAUCCUGUUAUUUACUCAUCCUCAAGCCAUCCUAGGGUGUAUAUGACUUUCUUCUUUCAGACGAAUCCAAUGAGUUAUAUUAAAAAUUGUCCUGGCUCUUCUAAGCUCUAUCACUGCAGUCAUGAAUAAAGCCCUCCUGUUGCAAAUCCAUGCGUUUUUGUAAGAAAAAUAUCCAUAUUUCAAACGUAAUAAAAACAUCUCUCUCGCUUCAUCUAACUGACAUAAGCGUAAGAGGGUGAGUAAAACAUGGACUAAUUUUCAUUUUUGGGUGAACUAACCCUUUAAGUAGCCUUUAAAACCAAACCGGCUUCCACUGAUCCCAUUCUUUGUUUGUUUGUUGCUGAGGUUGAGAGGCACCACGUGUCUGAGCUCACUGACCUUUGACCCUGCCCUACAUCAAUAUGUGUUGACCAGCAUCGUCCUCUAGUUCCUCAGGUAUUAGAGCUUUUGUUUUCCCACAUGAGUGUCUGGUGUCUGUAUGUAUUAUUAUCUUAUAGAUUAUAUGUGUUUAUAGAACGGGACAGGUGCAAGAGAGAAGCGUGUAAAUAUAGCAGUGAAUGCAGACAAAUGCGCCUGCAGCUCUGUGAGCGUCUGCUUCUUCAGUCGCUUGUUUGCAGAUGAUCAGAGUUUGGUGUCUAGAGAUCAAUCCUAUCGUGCCACUAGAGUGUCUGCGUCUGGGAUUGAGUCUGUUAAUCUCUCAGUCUCUCUCUAGUUUAAGCCCUGUCUUCAUCCACGGAUAUAACAGUAUAAUACGCUCCAUUAUCAAGCAUGCUUAAAUCCACUGGUGACUGUGACGAAACUGUGCUUACAGUGAGAAUACAGGAAGAUCUUACACCAGUGGGACUCAAAUAAAUCACAACCAAUCGCUGUAAACUGCAUUUAUACUAGAAAGGUUUGGGCUAAUAAAGUUGUUUUAAUGUUUCUGAAAGAAGUCUCUUCUGCUCACCAAGGUGGCAUUUAUGUGAUCAAAAGUACAGUAAAAACAACUCUUUUCUAUGUUAAUAUAUUGUAAAACGUAAUGUAUUCCUUUGAUCAAAGCUGAAUUUUCAGCGUCAUCACUCCAGUCUUCAGUGUCACAUGAUCCUUCAGAAAUGAUUCUAAUAUGCUGAUUUGCUGCUCAAGUAACAUUUCUGAUCAUUAUCAAUGUUGAAAACAAUUGGUAACCGUAAUACAUUUUAUUUUUCAGGAUUCACAGAUUAAUAGAGAGUUCGAUAGAACAGUAUUUAUUUGAAAUAGAAAUAUUUUAUAACAUUAUAAAUGUCUUUAAUGACACUUUUGGUCAAUUUAAUGCUUCCUUGAUGAAUGAAAGUUUUUUUUUUUUUUGCUUUUGUCACAACAGGAUCAUUUACUAUCAUUUAUCUCUUGAUUUGUAUAACAAGAACAAUGUGGGUUUUUCAAUAAAAAUAUAACCUGAUAACAGGGUUGAAUGGGACUAAUAGCUGAAUUUUAGAAUUUUUAACUUCAAUUUAAUUUAAUUUUAAAUUCUUUUUCAAUCAAUUUUUAUAUCUUGUUUUUAUUAUUAUUAUUUUUUAAUUCCUUAUUUUUAUUGACUUUUUUUUUUAAUGACUUUUUCACUUCCUUUUAUGUAAAGCACUUUGAAUUACCACUGUGUAUGAAAUGUGCUAUAUAAAUAAACUUGCCUUGCCUAAUAAUAAAAUACCGUACUAAAUCUGUAAUAAUUGUCUCUCAUUCUUCUGUUGUGUUUGUGUGUUUGGUUGUCCAUGUCCUUAUUAACCCUGCAGCUCUCGUAUCUCUCACUAGUUUCAUCACAGUAUUAAUAUUUGAUCUAUAAGCACAUAAAAGAUGCAAAACAAACAAAAUGCAGCGAUGCCACAUUCACACUGAAUCAAAGACAAGAGACUGUGCUGAAUCUCACAGUUUUAUUAUAUUCUUCAUGAAAAAUUCAGCUGUCUUUGAACGUUUUGUUCUCACAAUGUGCAUCUUCACAGUUUGAAAUGUUCCCCACUUCUGUUUUUCAAGUAUUAUUGUCAAGCUAUAAAACGGCCCAAAAUCCCAUCGUUCCUUCUGAAAAGAGAAAACAAAAACGAGUCUGACGCCCCACCCCCCACCCUACACACACACACACACUCACACAUUCACACUUGCAAUAUAAACAUGUGCUGCUAAUGG